CCAUAUAAGGCCUCGUCUAAUUGCGGAUCAUUGAUAUCUCCGAUUCCCCGAAUCCCCACUUCAAAUCCAACCAGCGCCUGCGCAGGCUAUGCACGUUGAUCCGGAAUCCCGUUAAGGGCUGGUGAGGCCGGAUCUGGUACUGUUACGUCCAACAUUCCAGGUAUCAUGCGGGAACUAUCUCGGCUGGCAGGAUGGUACCUGACAGCUAACGUUGACUGGUUCUUGCGCCAUCCAGGAUGACAUCUUUCAGGGAAGAUCCCUUCCACAUGUAAAUAGCAGCGGACCCUUGGAUUAAAAUCCCCGCAAGUGGAGUGUUACAAUCAGGCUGUCGCAUUUUUUUUCUCUCGGCGCCCCAGGGUGGUUCCCGAAUCUUUCAAAAGCGGCAGGCUGUCGCGUGUCCUCCAUGUUCGCGACAUCAUUAAGAUGAAGGGGUUUCUGUCACUUCUCAAGGCCGCUGGCCAGACCCUGUGGGAGCGCACAGGCUGGGAUGCCACUCGCAAAUAUCUCUUUUCCGUCAUCUUUGUCUCCGUGGUCGCCUCCAAAGUCCUCCAUAUCUACACCCAUACCUACUAUCUGACCCUGAAUCGCUUCCUCGUCUGGGGUUCAACCUUUUUCCUACAGGAUGUUAUAUUCCUUUUUAUCGCGCGCGCUUUCGCCGGGUCGUUCCAACGGUUGCCGCUCCGGAUCAUGGGCGGCGUGACCGUCCUUUUUCUCAGUCUAUACGUCUCACUGCUGGCCGCGGCGACCAUCUCUUUUUACGCCGUCAUGGGUCGCGAUUUCCAUUGGGGGCCGGUGAUUGGAUUUUUCGGAGACAUGGCGGACGCCAAAGCCCUGGUGAUAGGCAUCUUUGGUGCCAUCUUCUUCGAGAUUGUCAUCUUGGUCGGCUCGUACUUCGCCACACCAUAUGUAUACGAGGUUACCGGGGGGUUCACCAAGAUUUGGUCUUUGUCUGUAUCGGCCCUGCUGCGUUGCGUCUUCCGGAGGAAAAAGCAACAACCUCUCCCAGAUCCAGAAGUCUACGAGCAAAUUGCCCUCGAUGACCACGAGGAUGAUAAGAGCGACAAUGAGUUCGGAUUACCCAUGGAGCCGCCCCGGCCUCGCGAAAACCCGCGCGACCACCGUUCUGGGUCCUUGCUGAAGCGCUCCGUCGUCAUUUCGGUCAGCUUGAUCGUCGUUUUACUCAGUUGCGUUCGACCCCGUGAUCGGGGAUAUCGCAUUCUCUCCCGUACCCUCGCUGCCGUGCCUUUCAUAGCCCCCGCGCACCCGGUUUUCGAGGGCAUCGAGUACCUGCCUGGCGAUUAUAGCUGGCUGGAAGGCCACACCGCGUUGGACACUCCUCCAGUCCUCGAUUGGUUACCGACUGACGAGCCACUGCCCGGCUUCAAGGAUUGGUACUCCCUUCCUUUGAACAAGCGCGAUGAACAGGCUCCCAGGAACUACGUGCCGAUCCAUUACAACCCGGCCAAGGAUCCGCUGCACACACCAAACCUUCAGAACGACAUCCUAGAGCCGUUGCGGGAAGCGCUCAGCAGUGGAGACGUCAAGGUCAAGCACAUUAUUCUCGUAAAGCUGGAGAGUAACCGACAGGACGUGUUCCCCCUCCACGCUGACUCCUACGUUAUGCAGCGCGUCAGGGAGUCUUACGGCGGUCACAUCCCCAAAGAGGUUGAGGAUCGAUUGGCCCAUCUCACACCCAAUGCCGAGCAUUUCACUGGAUUCGACAAUGGAUUCGGCAAAAGUGAGCAGGACCGCCCCAGGCCCCGCGGUGGCCUCAGCGCCAAAAACGCCUACACCAGCGGCACUUUCACCCUCAAGAGCAUCACGGGCUCGCACUGCGGUCUGAACCCGCUGGCUAUCGACAUGAACCGCGAGUGGUUGUACGACAUCUACCAACCGUGCCUGCCGCAGAUUUUGGACGCAAUGAACCGCCAACCCAACAUGACGAGCGAAACGGAUGAUUGGACCUCCUGGCCGUGGCACACCAUGUGGAUGCAGUCCGUGAGCGGCGGAUACGACUACCUGACCCAUCUGAUGCCCGCUCUGGGAUUCCAGGAUCAGAUGAACAAGGAGACAAUCGACGAGAUCGGCGGCGAGUAUGCCCCCGACGGGUCGCAGGUCGUUGGCGACCGUGGUUACAUGGAUAAGGUGCUAAAGAACUAUUUCCGUGACGUCGUUGCUGAUGCCGAGAGAAACCACAAGCGCCUCUUUCUCAGUCAUCUGACGGGCGCCACGCAUCUUCCUUGGAUGCUUCCGGGACACCAGCCUGAAGACCUUGCGGGUGACACGGGGCGCACGCUGAACGAUCACAUCAACCGAUACCUGAACAGCCUGGUCUACCAGGAUGAGUGGCUGACCGAUAUUCUGAAUAUUCUUCAGGAGGCCGGUGUUGCCGAUGACACUCUUUUCGUCAUGGUUGGCGAUCACGCCGUUUCUCUCCCCAACGACGGUGGCGUAACACCCCACGACAGCCCUCACGUCCAAAACGAACACGUCCCGCUAGUCUUCUCGCACCCCAAACUCCCGCCAGUCGAAAUCGACCUCCCCAUCCAAUCCACCCAAAUCCUCCCCACAAUCCUCGACCUCCUCCUCCAAACCCCCUCCCUCAACCCAACCUCCCACCAAAUCACCAAAGACCUCCUCCCCAUGUACCAAGGCCAAUCGCUCAUCCGCCACCUCAUCCCGGAGCACAAGCACACGCAAGAAUGGCACAUCACCACCCUCAACACCGGAGGGUUAUGGAUUGCGCUCCGCUCCGCUACAAAGCAGUACCGUAUUGUGGUGCCUCUUAUCCCGAAUACCAAAUGGCGGUUUACAAAUCUUGAGGUUGAUCCGUUGGAGAUGAAGGCUAUUAAGGACUAUGGGGUUCUGUCGUUGGUGAACGCUGUGCAGAGGAGGUAUGGAGUUGAGGCUGCGGAGUGGUUGGGUGAGGCGGUUCAUGUUGCGAAGUGGUGGAUUGAGGAGAAUCAUCGUCGUUGGGGGUAUGAUCCUACUGUGCCGAAGAAUCCUUGAAAUCUCGACCUACACCCGAACGCCGGCUGAACCCCGGAAGCGAGUCUGGUCGCAAGCGCUUCUCUUCGCUCAAAACC